AUGUUCUCGUCUGCAUUCCUCUCGUCUGAUUAUCGUCGUAACAUAUUUUUCAUUUAUGAAAAAAGGCUUCGUGUCCAUAGCCCCCCAGAAAAGGUUUUUGAAUACUUCUCGUCGGUAAAGGGUCCUGGUGGAACAUUCAUGACAUCAUUAGACUUAAUGCGCGCCGCUGUCCCUGUUUUUCAGCCCGCGCAUUCGAACAAUAUUCGUUGUGGUUCGCUCGGCGGUGAAAGCGGCGGUGCCGAAAGAAGUCCGAACAUUUCGAGCUCGCUCGAUCCGAAUUCCAAGCCAGACUUUUUUACCCUUUUUGACACAGACGGUGACGGGCUUAUUUCUUUCCCUGAAUACAUUUUUUUUAUUACUUUACUCACACUACCUGAGUAUGAAAUUGAACAAACUUUUCAAAAGUUUGACAAGGACGGCAGUGGUAUGCUCAGCCGAGAUGAGUUUACCGAAAUGAUGAGAGCGAUGAGGAAAACAUCGGGCAGGGGAAACGCUACCGGAUUCAGAACAGGGCUCAAUGCGAGGAACCCAGAUGACAUGAGUAAUGGUUUAGUUCAGUUUUUGUUUGGCGAAUCGGGCCGGGAACAUAAAUUGAGCUUAGAACAAUUCAAAAGCUUCGUAUCAAAAAUGCACUACGAAAUCGAUCUACUUGAGUUCCGGCACUAUGAUUUAACAAACUCCGGCACGAUCAGCACCCAAGACUUUGCAUAUAGUGUCGUAGCAGGCGCAAACGUUAAGGUGAUGCAACAUUUCAUCACUCGUGCGGCAAAAAUCGCUUCCAGUGAUGUCAUUGCAAUGGAAAGGAUAAAUGAAGAACAGUUCAUGUCAUUCUGCCGGAUACUGAAGCGAGAGGGCACAGAGUUUCAGUCAAAGAUCAAAAGCCAUGUCCAACUGGGAAAUAAGCUCACCAAGACAGUGUUUCAGGAUAUAGCUAAGGAACUCGGAGCAUCGCUAAGUCAAACCCAAAUUGACAUCAUCUACUUUAUCUUUGAUGUAAAUUGUGACGGUGAAUUAAGUCCGAAAGAGUUAUUGGGUGUCAUAUGCAGAUAG